UACAAUAUUAUUAUUAUAUAUUAGCAGUUUCAUAUACGGAUUUUAUUACUAAAUCCAAAAGUCACACCAUGCUUGCUUUGUCAAGCUUUCUUAUCUUCAUUCACAUGCAUCUCCUCUCUCUUUCUAAUAGCGUUGACUUUUGAUAAUCUCAAGAUGCUUCAGUUUACAUGUCUUAUAAUCAGAUAGCUGACCAAACAUCUCUAUUAUCUCUCUUCUUCCUCCUCUAAACCCCAUCAAACCGCAACCGCCCAUGAACACCUUCCGACCGCCUCCACCUCCGCCGAUUCCAGGCUACAACCACCUCCUAGGUACGGACGACAUAGGAGGAUUCAGAUACGGAAUUGGAGUCUCCAUAGGAGUGCUCCUUCUCAUCACCACAAUCACCCUCACCUCCUACUUCUGCACACGUAGACAGCUUUCUUCUUCACCUCCACAAACAAGUCAAGACUCAACACGGGUUCACCACCAUCUCCACCACCAUGUCAUCAUCGACGUCGUCCCGGGUCUUGAUGAGGACACCAUUCAAAGCUACCCGAAGCUCCUCUACUCCGAAGCCAAGGGAAGCUCAACGUCAUCGUGUUGUUCAAUAUGCUUAGGAGACUACAAGGGGAAUCAUCUGCUGCGGCAGCUACCAGAUUGUAACCAUCUCUUCCACCUCAAAUGUAUCGACACGUGGCUUAGGCUCAAUCCUACAUGUCCUGUUUGUCGGACUUCGCCGUUUCCGACUCCUCUCCCCACUCCCCUCGCCGAGGUUGUCCCCUUAGCCUCCACCGUUGCCACCACUAGGAUGUCCUAAUUAUUUGCUUUUAUAGCUGGAUAAUCCUGAAACGAAGUCAAGCCUAAUCUUCGGGGUACUUUUCUUCUUGAAUUCUUGUUUAGUUCUUUGUAUAUUUUCAUUUUUGGUCUCUAACUGAUCAUUGUACAUAUUCUUUGAAACCAAUGAUCUCUAAAUGAAAGGAAAAUAAGGGUAAGGUUCACAAUU